UUUGAAGGGUGCAACAAGGCAUUUUCUAGGCUUGAGAACCUUAAGAUUCACCUCCGGAGUCAUACUGGGGAGAAGCCAUACCUGUGUCAGCAUCCUGGCUGCCAGAAAGCUUUCAGCAACUCCAGCGACCGGGCAAAGCAUCAGCGAACACACCUGGACACCAAACCCUAUGCCUGUCAGAUUCCUGGCUGCUCCAAACGCUACACCGACCCCAGCUCUCUGCGCAAACACGUGAAGGCUCAUUCUGCCAAAGAACAACAGGUGCGUAAGAAGCUAAAUUCAUGUACUGAUAUCGAACAAGAUGUACUAAGUGAAUGCUUAGCUAUACAACAACUCCACACAUCAUCACAACACAUUUUGGAUGGGAAAUGUGGUAGAUCUGUAGGUCAUCAUGAUUUAAUUACAGGCAUGUACAGUGGUUCCAGCGCUAACCAUAACGGCCCCUCACCAGGCAUAUUGCCGCCUCCUCAUGACAUCCCUUCAAGACACCAUCCACUCGACUCUGCCCUUUCCAGUCCACAUCACCAUCAGUCGCCACUGGAGAGUGCCAGGGAAGGGCUUGCUCCCAACAUAAUCUCGCCACUUGUCAGCCCCCUGAAAGCAUUAGUUCCACCUUCCCUAUUGCAAAAACACAGCUCUCCAUCAUCGCACAGCCAGUCACCAAAUGGGCAGCAAUUUUCUGGAGUACCAAAUAAACCAUACGCUCAAUUUCAGAACCAGUCUGUACAGCAGGGAUCUCAAGGUUACCAAGGCAGCUUUCACUCAAUACAAAACUGUUUCCACUACGGAGACUGCUACAGAACAACGGACCAGUCUGUCACCAGUGAUGUGCUCACAGGGGAAUCCCAUUGCUUUAAUCCUCUGAGACAGAACGGCUAUCACGUACUCAAUGCACCUUUAGCUUCAACAGGCUAUGACGCAAUCUCUGAAGCACAGUGUGUAUCUGAAGACAUGGUCUCCAACGGAACUGAUGAAAAUGGAUUCUUCCAAAACGGCGCCUUUGAUCACUGCUUGAAUCACAUUCCUUCCAUCUAUACAGAUACCUAAGAGCAGUGCCCACCUUGUUUCCUUUAUUAUGCCUAUAAUGUGUAUGUAAUAACAAAGGUGUUGUUCAAGUACUUUUAUUUAGUCUGUAUCCCUAUAUGUGCUCAUUUAAACAAACACCUCACAUUUACCAAACCAUUUUAUACAUGAAUAGUCUGUAUAAGAUAAUAUUGGAACCUGUUCCUUUGCUGUGGCACUUUGAAAUUCAUGCU